AGGAAAAAAGCGUGUGUGGUUCUCGACGUGCCGCGAAUCUUCGAACGCAAGCGCGUUAUAAUCUUCAGACUUGGGAAAAGCAUUCGAGGGGCGCGCCCGCGCCUGCCGUCGUAAUUUGCAGCACGACGUACCUAUUCCGCUCGCGGCUUGGCAGAGUAGUUUCCGACAAACAGCUACCAAGCCCUCCCUAUGUUCCAGGCUUCAUUUUGGGUGCCAAGAUACAAAGGCACCCCGGACACAAUGGCCCUGGUGUCUGCUGAUUCCCGCAUCGCAGAACUUCUCACGGAGCUCCAUCAGCUGAUUAAACAAACUCAGGAAGAGCGUUCGCGGAGUGAACACAACUUAGUGAACAUCCAGAAGACCCAUGAGCGGAUGCAGACGGAGAACAAGAUCUCUCCUUAUUACCGGACAAAGCUGCGCGGGCUCUAUACAACUGCCAAGGCUGAUGCGGAGGCUGAGUGCAACAUACUCCGGAAAGCUCUAGAUAAGAUAGCGGAAAUCAAGUCUCUGUUGGAAGAAAGGCGGAUUGCGGCCAAGAUUGCGGGCCUGUACAAUGACUCGGAGCCCCCUCGGAAGACCAUGCGCAGGGGGGUGCUGAUGACCCUGCUGCAGCAGUCCGCCAUGACCCUGCCCCUAUGGAUCGGGAAGCCUGGUGACAAGCCCCCACCCCUCUGCGGGGCCAUUCCAGCCUCUGGGGACUACGUGGCCAAACCUGGAGACAAGGUGGCCGCCCGGGUAAAGGCUGUGGAUGGGGAUGAGCAGUGGAUCCUGGCCGAGGUGGUCAGUUACAGCCAUGCCACCAACAAGUACGAGGUAGAUGACAUUGAUGAAGAAGGCAAAGAGAGACAUACCUUGAGCCGGCGGCGCAUCAUCCCACUUCCCCAGUGGAAAGCCAACCCGGAGACGGAUCCUGAAGCCUUAUUUCAGAAGGAGCAGCUCGUGCUGGCCCUGUAUCCCCAGACCACCUGCUUCUACCGUGCCCUGAUCCACACGCCCCCACAACGGCCCCAGGAUGACUAUUCAGUCCUGUUUGAAGACACCUCCUAUGCAGAUGGUUACUCCCCUCCCCUCAAUGUGGCCCAGAGGUACGUGGUGGCUUGUAAGGAGCCCAAGAAAAAGUGAAGUGGGCUGGCAGACUCACAGUCUCCUUCCACCUUCACAGGGGAAUGCAACAAAAGGUUUUGUGGCAAAUAAAUAUUGUUCCCCUUUG